CACAGCCGUAUAAAGACUCGCUGCAGUGUGAAAACAAGUGUUAGAAACUUCUGUGCUCGACUCACUGUAUCAUGCUGGAAUAAACGCGCCUGGCUGGAUUAUUAACGCUCGUCUGUGAGAGUUGAGCUGUUUUAUUUCGGUUACAGUUUCACUACACCGUCCGUGGACAUUGAAUGGUUUAUUAUGAAGAUGAGGGAUUUAAUGUGUCUGUUAGUGUUUGGACUGAUCAUCUGCACGUCGGUUUGUGCGAGGUGUCCUAAGGUGUGCCGGUGUCCGGGUGAGCGUGCCGCGUGCCCGCCGGGUGUGAGCGCGGUGCCCGACGGCUGCGGCUGCUGUACGGUCUGUGCCGCUCAGCUGAACGACGACUGCCACGACCACAGACCCUGCGACCAUCACAAGGGCUUGCACUGUAACUAUGGCAACGAUGUGGCCAGUAUCCACGGAAUCUGCCGGGCUAAACUGGAAGGUCGCUCUUGUGAAUAUAACGGCCGGAUGUAUCAGAACGGAGAGAACUUCCACGCGGGCUGCAAACACCAGUGCACCUGUAUCGACGGGGCGGUGGGCUGCGUGCCCCUGUGUCCCACAGAUAUCCCCCUGGCGUCGCCGUCCUGUCCCGCACCUCGGCUGGUCAAAAUCCCGGGCCAGUGCUGCCUCAGUGUGGACUGUCACGGCGAGUCCUCGGUCCUGCCGCCCGUGUUCAGACGCCCACGGCCGCCCCCAUACCUGUUCCCGGACCUGCACGCCUUCAAGAAGCCCCGGCCCAAGCCGUACCCCUACAAGCCCAAAGACUCCCUGAGCAAUGAGCUCACAGAGGUGGAGCACAAGUGGGACAAACCACGCAGUCGAAAACACCUGCCAGCGUGGAAGCAAGCGGGACGGCAAUGUGUCGCUCAGACGACAAGCUGGACACCUUGUUCCCGCAGCUGCGGGAUGGGCGUCUCGUCUCGGGUCACCAAUGAGAACGCUCAGUGCAAACUGCUGAAGGAAACCAGACUCUGCAACAUUCGUCCCUGUAGUUCUGUGGCUGUGCCUAUAAAGGGGAGGAAGUGUUCCCGUACCCAGAAGUCUCCCGAGCCUCUGCGUCUACGCUACGCCGGCUGCCGCAGCACGCGCCUCUAUCGGCCCAACUACUGCGGGAUGUGUCUGGACGGGCGAUGCUGCUCCCCUCGCCGCACCCGAACGGCCCCCGUGCUCUUCGCCUGUCCCGACGGCGAGCGCUUCGAGAGGGCCGUCAUGUUCGUGCAGUCCUGCAAGUGCAACGACGAAUGCGGGCACCUGAACGACGCUGCGCUCCCGCCCCAGCGCUGGCUCUACGGGGACAUGCACAAGUUCGUCGAUUAACGGCUCGUUCCUCUGAAGACCUGCCCCUUUGUCCUUCCCCAUCCAAUAGAGUAGCGUUUCGAAGUGUAGACGCCAGGCCGAGGCCUCAUUAUAACGCAAAUCCACGUGGAAAAAAAAGGUCCGAUCCCUUGUACUAAGAGCCUUAGAGUAGAUGCGCUUUCCCUGAGGAUCCGGGACGGGACGUGUCCCUUGUCGUGAAUAUAUACAAAUACAAAUGGAUUUUCUGGUCCUCACCAUGAACAGUGAUGCAUUAUGGAGCACCUGCACAAUCUAAAUGAGACUUUAAGCAGGUUUGGAGAAUUAAAAAAACCAAGAUUAGACACUUAAACAUGGUGGGACAGACUCUCAGCUUCACAAGGCCUGGUCUUUACUUCUUUUUGUAGUGAUUGCUUUGCCUUGACGUUCAAAGAACCGCCGGCAAAUACAAGGGAAACUCAACGGGAAGUCGUUUUAAGCUUUGGCUUGGCUGCUUGUGGACUCGACGCUGAGCCAUUUUGUGAGCGCAUGACUCCAUCAACUCUCCGAGGGAUACAUGCCAAGCGCCGCAGCUCCCUGGCGUCAAAACGUCGGCUCCUCUGCUCCCAGCUAAUUACAAUCCUCUUCUAUGGGGGCAGAAAGAAACCCAGUAACCCUCUGGUUUGCAAUAAAAAUAUGUUUAAAACACCA